UGUUGGACUGGAAUCGGUUCCCUGAAGGUUUUCCCUCAGUAUGAGGCCGUGCGCGUACGCCCGUGACUGUGCGCGUAAUUACAGAUGCGCCAUUCCUCUAAGCCGUCAUUAGAAAAGGGAAUGGGAAUGACUCCAGGCUACAACCACCGCUCGCGGUUACGUAACACGCUCUUCUCGGAUCCUGCCGUUUACCGGACACAGCUGAAAACGUCUCCCUCCGCCGCCUCGCGACGUAUCGCCGCGCGGUCGACGACGCGUCCGCCGCUCCGCGUUAUUUAUUUUUUUUCUUUUUCUUUCUUUUCAUUCGCUCAGAGAGAAGGAAAUCGCUCGCGCCUUUGUCUGUCUGGGUCGCUCGGGUUCGUCUGAGCGGUGCGCGCGCCCGCUGCUGUUCCCCCGCGCGUCCGUGCGAGGGCGCAGCGCGCCGUUGGAGCCGCGGGGACUGGCGCGUCCCAGACAAAAGAGAAAACGGUGCUGAGCGAUAUGGGAGAACAAGAGCGGAGCAGCGGGGCUUAAUGUGUAGGAAAACGUCGCUACGCAACACUUUAAUUCAUGACAAUUAUGUUAAAGUGACACUGACGUGUAACUAUCAAUUUGAAAUGACAAAUAUUAGACUUUUACAAUAUCCUGUUUAUACCAGACUAGAUCAUUAGGAUUAUGUUUUUUAAGUAUAAAUUUACUGAACUACAAAAUAUUACAAGUUGAUGUUUGAGUUUAUAGAUUAACACAAAGCAUCUGCGUAAAAACAUACUUUCUGCUGUCGUGCCCUUGAGCAAAAAAAAAAAUCAUCAAAUCCCUUUUUGUUUGCGCUUUAGACAGUUUGAAAGCGAGCCGUGGAUGUGACAUCCCAGUGAUGUCUACAGACAGGACACUUUGUCUGGCGCUCUCGCAACGAUACUUUCUCCCUGUCUUUCCUUUGUCCUUUCCUUGACUCCUUUCCUUCCCGUGCUUUAUUGUCGUCUUGCGAUAUUUUGGCUUCGUUCUCGAUUCACCUUGAAAGAAAUCUCGCAGCCAGCCAGUUCCCCGCGUCGCAUCCAACCUCAAAUCCAAUUGUACCACCCCCGUUCGGGGAGGGAGGAGUUUGCUUUCCUCCCGCACAACUGACUGUAUAACUCCUAGCAGCCGGGCACAAUGUGUGUCAGAGGACUGUCUGAGCUCCCAAAGUAGAUGACUGCUCCAGGUCUGGUGUCUCUAUUAUUGACUGCGAGCUACACGGGACCCCGUUUCGUACGUUAUCAUCCUCAGCCAGGACGAGGUUUUUGAACUGUGGGAUAGAAUGCCGGCGAUAAUUGGUAAACACUCCGAUUUGGAGUUUGACUCAUUACAGCCGUGUUUCUACCCGGAUGAGGACGACUUCUACUUCUGUGGUCCCGACUCUGCGCCACCGGGGGAGGACAUCUGGAAGAAAUUCGAGCUGUUGCCCACUCCGCCCCUCUCCCCGAGUCGAGCCGCGAUACCCGGGGAGUCGACCGCUGCCUCCCCGGACGCAGACCCGCUCAGCUUCGGCUUGGGGGACCCUCUGGAUUGGGCUUCCGAGCUGCUCCUCCUGCCCGAGUAUGAUAUCUGGGGGGCGUCCGACGACGUGGACCUGUUCGGCUCCGCUUUGGAUACUAACCCCAACAACAUCAUCAUCCAGGACUGUAUGUGGAGCGGCUUCUCCGCUCGGGAAAAGCUGGAGCGCGCGGUCACGGAGAAACUCGGCAAGGCUAUUUCCACGGCCACGACGGGCGGCAGGAGCGUGUGCGUCAAGGCGCCCGAGGUGGUGACCCGCAGCUCGGUGCCAGAGUGCGUGGACCCCGCGGUGGUGUUCCCCUUUCCUGUCAACAAGAAGAGCGGCAGCAGAGACUCCACCGGCUCCGUUAACCCACGCACAGCCCACGGGAACGACCACAGUGACUCCGAGGAGGAUGAUGAGGAGGAGGAAGAAGAGGAGGAAGACGAGGAGGAGGAGGAGGAAGAUGAUGAGGAUGACGAUGAGGAGGAGGAGGAGGAGGAGAUCGAUGUGGUUACAGUAGAGAAGAGGCGCUCCACGACCAGCAAGGCGUCGCCCACGGCAACGGGCGCGGCCACCGUCUCCGUGCAUCCCAGGAGUCAGGACUCCAGAGGGGCCGCGUCGGGGUCCGGUGGCACGAGCCGCUUCGCCGGCCGAGCUCCCCAGGAGCUGAUCCUGAAGCGCAGCUCCGUGCACCAGCAGCAGCACAACUACGCGGCGCCGUCGCCGUACGCGUCCGACGACGACCCCGCCCCGCCCUCCAAGAAGCAGAGGACGUCGGACGCCCCCCGCGCCCCCACCCGGACCUCCGCCGCCUCCUCGGGAGCCUGCGGCUCCAUCGCGGCGGGCACGCGCAGCCGGCGCAGCGCCAGCGGCGACAGCAGCCCGCGCAACGGCGGCUCCGACUCCGAGGACAGCGAGCGCCGGCGCAACCACAACAUAUUGGAGCGCCAGCGCCGCAACGACCUGCGCUCCAGCUUCCUGACGCUGCGCGACCACGUGCCCGAGCUGGCGCGCAACGAGAAGGCGGCCAAGGUGCUGAUCCUGAAGAAGGCCACCGAGUACGUGAGCGCGUUGGAGGCGGAGGGGGCGCGGCUGCGGCAGGAGAAGGAGCGGCUGCAGGCGCGCAGGCAGCAGCUGAUGCGCAGGCUGGAGCAGGCGAGGACUCGCUGAGCCGCACUGACCCUGGAUCAGCUCCGGCCCCAGCCCAGUGUGUGUCUGUGGGACACGUGCACAGACGAACACGGCAUCUCGGAGAACGCUAGCCCCGGGUGCCGACCCGGGCCCGGGGGCCGGGAGCGGGAGGCGGGGACGCGGACGCUCGGACUUUCACUGCCGCCACUUUUUUUGCACAUUUGUUGACGUUAAGAAUGUUUGGGGUUUACUUUUUCAAUCCAGUCACAUUGAGAAAAGAAACGAACAGGGAGGGAGAGAGGACGUGUGUUUUUGUGUCUUCCCUUCCUCUGGUUUUUAUAUCAUUUCUAUUUGUAUCUUGUUUUUUUAUAUAUAUAUUUUUUUUGUACUCACUGUGACACCAGCCUGGGAUUCGGAGAUUCCCACAGGGACGGGUGUUGGAGGGCACUUUGCUUGGGGGGGGGGGUCCCGUACGAGAAGCAGUGCUCGCUUACUUUUGCCUUUACCACUGCAAAAAAAACAACAACACAAAACAGAAAACUGACGAGACUGCGACGACACGUGAAGCGAACGCCACUACAGGUCUCUCAUCUCACUCCUGUCACACUGGUGCUCAGGCCAAGUCAGUGGAUGUAUCACUGCGCACCUUGCUAGCCGACACUUUUGUAUAUAACAAUAAAGUACAGAGAAAAAUACACUCAGAUCUGCCUUGUUUUAUAAAACAUUUUGUCUCGUUUUUUUAUACGUGUCAGGAAGCUGCCAAUACCUAGACUGGAAGUUUAUAUACCUUAAAGUACUGUAAGGCCUCGAUUUUUGAGCGUCGUGAAACUUUGUAAGAUAACGAUAUAUUGCUUUUCUUUCUCUCUUUCUUUGCAUUGUAUCACAUUACUAAUUCUCCACACCUUUACGCUUUUAGUGUGAACUUGAUACAUACUAAAUUUGAUACUUAUAUUUUCGUACGAAAAUGCGUUCUCGGUAGAUAUCACUUUAUCUCAUCACUUCUCUUCUAAUUCUUUUGUACAGCAAAUGUGUUCUAUCCCAAUGUACCUGGACUUUUAUUUCCUCUUUUGUUCAUAUUUUUAACUUUCGGGUGCAUCAAACUGGGUGAGUGGAUAUAAGAUGUUUGUUUGUUUUUUGUUUUUUUUGUUUUUUUUUUUUCAUUUUUAAAAUGUACAUUUAGUGCUGCAACUCAUAGCACUUUGAAAUACCUCAUAUUUGGAAAAUAAAUAGACAUCAUGAAAUCCUAA